UCCGGUGUAGGAGGUGAAGGUGUCAUUGCAAAACCUGCUGGGUCUUAGAAGGGGGCACUAAGCCGGAGGAAAUUGCAACGUUUGGCGUUUUUCAGCAGAAAAGAUGGCGACCGGAUGCAUGAAGGAGGUCACAGUGGUCUGCGGGUCGAAGCGGAAGUUCGUCAAAAUCGACUUCGGCAGCUUCGAAAAGACAAUGGAGGCCAUCCGGCAGAAGUGGAAGCUGUCCGAUGACUUUGAACUACAAACAGCAUCGGGUGAGAAGGGAGAGAUGUAUGACAUCGAGGAUGACGAUGACCUUGAAAGGUUCAAGGACACCACGGUCUUGAUUGUCCGGCCGUCGGCCGCGGGUGUGCCGUUCAUGACGUCAUCAGGUUCAAUGGCCUCGUCUGGUGUGCGUGCUGGAAGCGGGUUUCAACAGCCGCAUCUGCCUCCGUCAUACGAAUGCAGCAUAAUGGCUACAGCUAGAGAGGUUCCUGCGAGUGAGUCGCAGGAUUUCCAGGAAAACGCGAUUGCAAAUAUCAGAAUUCAUGGAGUGACACACUCACUCCACGAGCCUCCCCCACCGGACAGUGUUAUUGUUGAAAAUGAGGUUCGGACCCUUGCCCCGAAAUUCGAAAUCGGCAGCAUCCUCCGGAAGAUGGACAUAGUCGCUGACUGCCUGAGCAUGGCCUACUACGGGGUUGUCGCUGACGCCGGCCUCCACAAAAAAGUCCAAGACAUGCAGUUUGACGUGUUGGGCCUGAGCCACAUCAUGGACCGGACCGUCAUGCAGUACCGCACCAAGGCUGGCGAUAUCAUUGGUGAUCUGGAGUGCGGGUUUGGGUACCUCCUUGACGGGUUUGAGAAGGAGGCACUUGAGAGCUUCCAGGCCAUUUGCGUGACCAGCGAGCAGUUGAAGGAGAUGUCGGAGACUUUGAAGGAAAAGAUUCAUGAGAAGGAGGAGAAAUUUAAGGGACUUUUGGACCAUGUUACUGAGAAACAUCGCGAGACAAUGUCUGAGGCAAACGCAAAACAGGAAUCCAGCGUCACCAACAAGCAAAAGCUGAUAGAGAAAAAGUUGAAGCAAGCAGAGGAAGACACGUUUGUGUCUUUAUCCAGAUGUACCAAUUUCGAGGAGAUGGAGAGGGACGCGAGAAAAAACGACACGGCUGCAACAAAGUCCGCCAGCUCGUUCAGCCAUGGCUUCUUCAAGAUGGUGACCUUAGGAUUCUACGAAGGCGACCCGAUCGUUGCCGAGCAGCAGGACAAGCUGGCGAAUAUCGCCCGUGAGGAUCUACAGAAUGAACGGGAGGAGCUAAAACGGUACCACGAUGCGCAAAACAAGGCCCAUGAGGCGUUGAACGAGUUAACGCAGUCGCUCAAGUGUACGGAAGAUAUUGCCGAGAUGGCGCUCCGUGGGGCGGAGACUGGGAUUAAGUCCCUCCAGGCGUCGCUGCAGUCGGCCGUGGGUGUAUGGGACAACCUGCACGAAGAGUGCGAGUCCAUUAGCAACAGUGAGAGUCUGUUUGCGAAGCUUCGCGAGAGGAAGACCGAGGAAGAAAGGAAGGAGUUCUGGUCGUGCCCGACUUUCAAGAAAGGAGCCAUGAAAUUCUAUGCAAGGUGGGUCGCCCUCCAAUGUAUUUGCGACAAGUUCCACAAAGGCAUGAACCGGAUUGAGCAGAAGCUUCACUUCUGCAUCCAAGACAACCCAAGCGUCCGGGAGGCCAAGGACAAGAUUCCUCGGCUCAUUGAGCAGUUUGAUGAAAGGCAGAAGGCGGAGAAGGCACGCACUAGGGCAGAGGCGGAGGCAGAGCAUAGUGAAGAGGAGUCUGCUAACUAAAUCCACGCUCCAGUGGCCCUGCCUCCAGUUUUAUCAAAAGGGAUACGCCGUUUGUGAUCACUGGUUGACCAGGAAAAUAGAAUUGCAGUUAUACCCAAUGCCGUAGCUAUUUUUAGUGUAUGUCUACACACAGCGGCAAUGUUGUAAAUUUCUAAAAUUUCAAAUUCAAUCACAAAUUUCAAAUUUUUAACGAACGGCGUUGGUCUUUAAGGGCAAGCGGGCGGGGCCGCUCCUGAGGAGACCUGGAGCAGGAGGAGGCCGAGGUUAGGGCGGCAGCAGUCGUGUAGCGAAAUAGUGCCGAUAUUAGGCGAUUUAUUCAUCACACUACUAGUAUUAAUGUAUUGAAAUUAUGUAUUUGAAAUUAUAUUACAGUACAUAGGUUUCGGAUACUUUAUGUUAAUAUUGAUAAUUGAAACAGUCAACAGACUGCAAGAAAACGUUCCACAUGGCGUGGUGCGUUUUAGCCAAUUAACUGAUCUGGUAAAUACCAAGCCGCCAGCAACAUGUCAGCGACUCGCCUACAACCGAGCAGUUAACUAUUCCGAGCAUAAAUUUAAGGGCUGCGAGUCAAGAUGACCUCAGUCCCAUUCGUGAACUAUAUGACACAGGUUAUUUUGUCAUGCAGCACAAAAUGACGACUCCGUUCACAGAGAACGAGUUGUAGAUUAAAUAGUUAUUUUGGUAUAUGUACAUUGUAUUUGUGACAUUGCAUCGUAUUCAAGUGGAUUCACAAUGCUAUCGCAUCUUUUGGGAUUAUACAAACAUGGUUUUUUUUAAACAGUGGUUUUUCCGCCUCUCAAAAUGACAUAUGAGUGAAAAACCCUCAAUUUCAGGAUGACUUUAGAACUUUCAAACUUUCAAACUCUUUUUCUUCUCAAACCCAUGAUUUUGGAUUUACUGGUAUUCUGGCCAUAUUGUAAAUGAUUACUAGCGACUCGUGAAUAUUUUCGAAUAUAUGCUUUAUACACAUGCAUAAAGGAUACAAAGUGAAAAGAACUAGUUUAGUUUGUUUUGGAA